CAAAGAGAUGGGUAAGCUAGAUGAAGAUGUUAUUAGUGAACUGCGAAAAAGGUUAGUUAUAGAACCAAGGAAACAGCUUCCUCCUCCAAUUGUAUUGCCUGAGAGACGGUUAGAACAUCUGGUUGAAACUAGCGUAACAGCUCAAAUUGAUUCAUGUAUAUAUCAUAAUUCCCGAGAUGCAGUUUCUCUUUAUGAGGAUCAUUGCUGUGGCAGAGAUCAGAUACCUACAGAAACUGUUCAGAUUUUGACUGCGCAUAGCAAUGAAGUUUGGUUUAUACAAUUUUCAAAUAAUGGAGAGUACUUAGCCUCUUCUUCAAGUGACUGUACAGCUAUUAUAUGGAAGGUUAUGGAUAAUGAUAAGCUGACAAUGAAACACAGACUCCGAAGCCAUCAGAACCCCGUGUCCUUUGUGGCUUGGAGCCUGGAUGACACAAAGUUGCUCACAUGUGGAAACUUGGAAGUUCUCAAGCUUUGGGAUGUAGAAACAGGCACUUGCAAGCAUACAUUUGGGGACCAUGGCUUCACGGUCAACUCAUGUGCUUGGUUUCCCGACUCAAAGAGAAUCGUUUGUUGGAGUUCUGACCCUGAAAAAGGCAUCUGCAUGUGGGACUCUGAUCCUGAGAUGAAAGCAUGGAGGGGCAUGCGCAUGCCCAAGGUUUUGGAUCUUGCUGUUACAUCAGAUGGUGAAAACCUUAUCGGCAUAUUCUCCGACAAAGAAAUCCGGAUAUUAAACUUGAGGACAAAUGCUGAACAAGUUAUCUUAGAGGAGCAUUCAAUCACAUCUCUUUCAGUUUCCAUGGACAGUAAGUUCUUUAUUGUCAACCUGAAUAGCCAAGAGAUACAUUUGCGGGAUGUUGCCGGAAAACGGGCAAAGCCUUUAAAGUAUACAGGACACAAGCAAAACAAGUAUGUCAUACGGUCCUGCUUUGGUGGGAUCAAUAGCAUGUUUAUUGCCAGUGGUAGCGAGAACACACAGGUAUAUAUAUGGAACCGACAAAGGUCUACACCGUAA